AAAGAAAAGAAGAUCAAAAGAAAAGUAUAAAAGCAAAACAUCUGAAAAUAAGUGUGAAUGUAAUAUCCGAAAGGAAAAAGAAAGUUUAUUAUUGAGCAGCUACUGUGAAAGUAGUGUAAGUAAUAAGUAAUAACUCCAGUAGAAGAAGAGCAGAUCUAGAUCCAACUUAAUAACUAUACACAAAUCCUGAUUACAACUUCUUCUUCUUCUUUAAUAUAGCUUCUUAAGUCAGGAAUCAGGGUAAAGUCUUGUAAAAAAGAGCAGUAGCCAUGUCACGAAGGCCAGGAAAUCCUGCUCGGCGUUUUGGGGAGAGUGGAGGUAUACCAUUUGCAAGCUCAUUGCAUCAGAAAUCUCGCUCUUCACCAUUCCUCUCAGUUGGCCUGCUCGUUGUGGGGGCACUCCUUCUUAUUGGUUAUUCAUAUAGUGGCUCAGGUGGAUUUGUUGCUGAUAGAGAUGCUGUUAGCAAAGUUGAAGGUGGUCUUUCAUGCACAUUGGAAGCUCAGACUGCGAUACCUGUACUGAAGAAAGCAUACGGUGAUGCCAUGCGUAAAGUUUUGCAUGUAGGCCCUGAUUCUUGUUCAGUGAUCUCUAAAUUAUAUAAAGAAGAGGAUGUUGAAGCAUGGGGUGUGGAACCAUAUGAGAUUGAGGAUGCUGAUGCUAGCUGCAAGACUCUUAUGCGCAAGGGCAUUGUCCGUGUUGCUGAUAUCAAGUUUCCUCUUCCUUACAGAGAAAAGUCAUUUAAUCUCGUUAUCGUGUCUGAUGCAUUGGAUUACUUGUCUCCGAAGUACCUCAACAGAACUCUUCCUGAUCUUGCUAGAGUUUCCAUUGACGGUCUUGUCAUUUUUUCUGGUGUUCCAGGCCAACAGAGAGCUAAAGUUGCUGAGCUAUCUAGAUUCGGGAAACCUGCCAAAUUGCGUAGCUCGUCUUGGUGGAUAAGAUAUUUUGUUCAGACUGGCUUAGAAGAAAACGAAUCUGCCAUCAAGAAGUUUGAGCAAGCUGCACUCAAGAAGUCUUACAAACCAAGCUGUCAAGUUUUCCACCUCAGUGCAUACCAUUGAAAUUCUCAACAGCGCACAAGGUUGGGGUAUUCUUGUUACACCUAUAGUCAAAACAGAGUCUUCUUCAACUCACAACUGAAUUUUUUUAUCGACAAGAUAAACUCACAUCUAAAAUAUAUAUCUUCCUUCCAGAUGGUAAAUUAAAUCGCUUUACAUUUAGAUUCCUGUUCUAUUCGUAAGUUAGAAGAUAUUUAUUAAAUUUGUAGUGGAAGUAUGCAUAAACUGGUUUUCCACUAGUUUGUAUUUGUUAAAUUAGUAUUUUUGCCCACUGUCUUUCCCUGUUCUUGAACAGAUUGUUAUGUUCCAUGAAAGGCGAAGCCAAUUAAAGUUAUGUUAUUUAAUCAAACAAAUGUAGUGAACUUUGA